GGCGGUGAUGCUCGCGCAGGAGGAGCGGGCUCUAGACGCUUGACAUGGCGGCGGCCGCGGCGACUGCAGCGACGAAGGGGAAUGGGGGCGGCGGGUGCCGGGCCGGGGGUGGCGAAGCUGGCGGCGCGCGGAAGAAGAGGGGCCCUGGGCCCUUGGCCACGGCGUACCUGGUCAUCUACAAUGUGGUGAUGACGGCCGGGUGGCUCGUUAUAGCCGUUGGUCUGGUCAGAGCAUACCUGGCGAAGGGCAGCUAUCACAGCCUUUAUUAUUCCAUUGAAAAGCCUUUGAAAUUCUUCCAAACUGGUGCCUUAUUGGAGAUUAUACAUUGUGCAGUAGGAAUUGUUCCAUCUUCUGUUGUCCUGACUUCUUUCCAGGUGAUGUCAAGAGUUUUUCUAAUAUGGGCAGUAACGCAUAGCGUCAAAGAGGUGCAGAGUGAAGACAGUGUCCUCCUGUUUGUCAUUGCCUGGACCAUCACAGAAAUUAUCCGUUAUUCCUUUUAUACGUUCAGUCUGUUAAACCACCUGCCUUACCUCAUCAAAUGGGCCAGGUACACGCUUUUCAUUGUGCUGUACCCCAUGGGAGUGUCGGGAGAGCUGCUCACCAUCUACGCUGCCUUGCCCUUUGUCAGACAGGCCGGCCUGUACUCCAUCAGUUUACCCAACAAGUACAACUUCUCCUUUGACUAUUACGCAUUCCUCAUUCUGAUAAUGAUCUCCUACAUUCCACUUUUUCCCCAGUUAUACUUCCACAUGAUACACCAGAGAAGAAAGGUCCUUUCUCAUACUGAAGAACACAAGAAAUUUGAAUAGUUCCUGCUUCCUGCACCCCUCAAAAAAAAAAACCUUUUCAAUGACAAAAAAUGCUGCAGACUUUUUGAGUUCCUAAUACAUUUCAUAGAAAAUAAGUAAGAACUGUUUUUAAAAUAUUUAAAAAAUAAAAAUAAAACCCAAAAUUCAGUAUCACAUGGGCCUAGGAUUUUAUUUAAAAAAAAAAAGCUGUUACAUGAAGCAUCCUGGCCGGUCGAAUUCAGCAUGCUCUUUCAACCAGAAAUACCCAAUAUUUAUGAUGGCGCUAGAAAGGGAUUUGGCAUUUUGUAUCCUCCUGUUUCCUUCCUGGAUCUGAUAAAUAUGGAGCUGUAACACUAAGUGCUGGAGAGUUACGGUGCGAGUGAUGAAGUUGUACCCGCUGAGUGCCCAGCUCGCAGCAGAGUCGUGUUUCAGUCUGCAGUGCGUUUAGUUAGCGUUCGCUUUUCAAAGUGCUUGACUGCAUGCUGGAAACUUUGUAUUUUUGAAGCGGCAAACUUUGUUCUCUGGAAUGCUCUGAAGUUGUGGCUGGGCCCUGGCCCCUCCCCUCUAGUGAGUGAAUUAUACAGUGUAUAUGUCUGUGAAGCUUUGGGGUAGAACCUUAAUCAGAAAACAACUAGAACCUUUUGUCUGUCUUCACUUGAGUCCUCACUGCCUGCCACUGAGAAACAGUGCUUGAAUCUACUGAGUUUGUGUACAUUGUAGAGAAUCUCCCUUCUCUGGGGCUCCGCCUCGAUCGUAUUUUAGCAGAAUGACAGUCCUCAGAAACGGGAAGCUCAGUCGCUAGUAGAUGGCAAGUGCCUUUCACAGUCCCAUUCUCGGAACACCUGUGGGAAAGGCAUUUGCCGAUAGCUGUUCUCCUUUAUGGACCUGACACCAGUCCAGGCCCAUGGGAGUAGAGAAUCUGUUAUUGAAAGCACAUGGAAGGUGUUACUUUAGAAACGUAGUCCGGAAGAACAUUCAGGAAUAGAUUUAUACACUCUUAUUAUUUGAUUUUUAAAUUUUCAUUCAACUCUUCUGUUUGGCUCCUUCUGCUUGUGGUCCUGUGUAGUCCCACCGAGUUGUGAGUCCAGAGGCAGUGCAGGGUUCCAGCUGGGCAGUCGUGAACCAAAGGCAGUAUCCUCCACACAUGCUGGAGCAGCCAAGAAAUGCUUUAGUCAUAUGGACACUGUCUAAUUAGCCAUUUAAUGUCUUCAUACCAUUUAACGGCUCAGCUGUCCAUUUACAACUUUUCAGGAAAGGGUUGGAUGAAAAAGUAAAGCCCAGGUUUAGGCAUGCACUAGAUUUUAAACACAGAAUGUUCUUGUGGCACCUUUUCUUCUUAAUUGGUUGCUCUUUAAAACUUCAGAGGUCUGGUUUGCUAGCUUCACGAGUAGUUUUCAUUUAAAAUAUAAUUGCUGAUAUCAGAAGAGUAUCAUAAUGGGAGAUAAUUUUUAAGUGCUUAUUUUCAUAGAAGCUUGAAAAUUAGGAUGAAAAUGAGAAGAAAGUAUGCAGCCUAAAAUUUAAUGCAGGCAAAUAUGUAAUAAAUUAUUUUUGAAUUGAGCAUUAAAAUUCUUCUUAAAAUCACUCUUAACUGGGUCUGUUGAGAUUAGAAUCUAUUCUUGUACUUCAUGAACACAGUAUGUGGGAAAGAUUAUUUUUCAUGCUUCUUCUUCUUGCAAAAUGUAUUUCUACUAUAAAAUAAAAUCCAUUUGAGUUCUAUUAGCCUUAUUACUUACUUGGGGGAAGAUUUUUUUCAGUUGCUUUAGGAAUAGUUAUAGAAGAUGGGAUGAAAAAUGUAGGUUUUCCAGGAUUGCCGGAUUGGCAGUUCUAUUCAGGCAUCUAUUAUAAUCUGUCAGUAUUUAUGGAAAACAGUCUGUCGCGAACAGUGGAAUUACAGCAAAUUGAACUUUGGCAACAAGAACACAGCAGACAGCUCCCUUCUCAAUAAUGGUCUCAACCCCAGUGUGUAUUUUUGUCCAUCAACAUUUAAAAUGCUCUUGGCAGAUAAGGAAGGAAUGCCACCACGUCCUUCCAUCACCUCUCAGUAACUGGUUUAUCUCUAACAUGAAUUAACUUAUCCUUUGAAGUGGUGGUGUUCUUUUAUGAAUUGACAACGUGUACCGCACCAAAUGCCACACCUUCUUAUAAAGUGUGAAUGAGGAAGGUGGUAUUGGGUGGGUAUCUUGUCAGACUGAGCAUUUUCACUCUGGGGCCUAGUCAAAGGCAUCAUCUGCCCGGCUGCCCACCUGACUAGGUGAUUCAGAUCCCCCCUGGGGGACCGCCUUCCAGCAGGGAAUUCUUUGAGGUAUGCGGUAGUGCUUUGUGGACACGAGCUGCUAACCUGCGUCUUGCUGUGUCCUGUUUGCUAGGGUUGGGAUCAUUCAUUUAACACAUCCUGGCCAUUAUCACAGGCCCCUUGAGACUCAGUCACGGAGAAGGCCCUCCCCUCCCAGACAAACACGCUCCUCUGGAGAGAACUUCCACCAGGAAGGGUUUUGAAGAUGCAUAGUUAAAGAGGCGUGUGAAGAGAUUGUGCCCUCAUUUCCACUUGUCGUCUUGGUUAUUCAUUUAUAAUACAAGGUUGGCAUUGAUGUGGUACAACCUGCAAAUUAUUUUCAAUUCUGAGUUUCAGAUAAAACAUUAUAAAACAUCAGAAUCAGUACAUACUGCUCCUUUGAAAUUUGGGUAAAAAAUUAUACAACCGUAUAUAUAGUCAUUUUUGUAUUUUUUCUAUGUUGUGAAAACCAGAAUUGUAAUUUUAUAAGUCUUUGAUUCACUAAAAUUAUAUAAUUUAAAUGUAUUUUUUGUAUAUUUAGAAAUAAGGAAUUCAAAGACUAUGCUUAACUUUCUAUGCAUGCCUUUGGAAGCUGUUUUUACCUGAUAAUGUUAAUGUGGUAAUAAGUUGUCUUCAUAAAAUACUGAUCUGUGUUGCAUUUCAAAAUAAACUGGUGUGUGCUCUGCCUGGAUUUGAAA